CAUCAUGAAUAUAAGAUGUUUCGUUAUUGCACGCUUCUUCUUUCGGUGUUAAAUGCCUGAAAACGGUUCUUUCUUAUCAGGUUCUGUCCUUAUCCGUUUCAUUUUGCCUUUUACACCUGUGUUGGUUGAGUAUGAAUUUGACUUCUUUAUUGCAAAUGAGAGCUAGGGAACUUGUUGAACCAUAUGAUGUUGAAGCCUAAUCACCUAAUGCAGCAAAUUUUUUCAAUUCUGUGGCAGAGAUAACAAAAAAAAAAAACAAGGAACCGAGCAGUUUGUAGAAAAUCUAGCAUUGGAGCAUCAGGGAUGUCAUCUGGGGGUUCUUUGAACUCGAAAUUGUCGGAAACUUUUCUGGGUGUGAAGUUAUGGGUUUUGAUUGGCAUCGGUGUAGGCGCAUUCAUAGUUUUGAUUCUCUGCGCCUUGUGUAUCUGGGUCACAUUGCGGAGAAAAUCAAAAAGGACGGACGUGUUUUCCCAUUCCCAGAUACCGAACGUGUCGAAGGAUAUCAGAGUCGACAGAGUGGGCGGCCAGAAUUUCCCUAGUCACCCAGACAGUGUGUCCCUUGCAGUUAAUGACAAAUCGAUCGAGAAGAACUCGGAGAAGAUGCUCGUCCACUUGGCUGCAAGCAAAUCAAGUGAUCCGGAUAACCUGAGUCAGUGCAGCUCUAUUUACAACCCCGAGAGGGGAUUUAGUUCGCAAUCAGGAGAAGACGGAAGCUCUGGGAAUGUUCGAAAAAAUCCAUCAUUGCCUUACGCUGGACUUGUUACUGCCUCUCCUCUAAUUGGCUUACCAGAAAUUUCGCACCUUGGAUGGGGUCACUGGUUUACUCUCAGGGAUCUAGAGCUUGCGACUAAUCGUUUUUCACCACAGAACGUGCUUGGCGAGGGUGGUUAUGGAGUUGUUUAUAAGGGGAGACUAAUUAAUGGAACUGAGGUAGCUGUCAAAAAGCUUCUCAAUAAUUUAGGACAAGCUGAGAAAGAAUUCAGGGUCGAAGUGGAAGCAAUUGGUCAUGUUCGACAUAAAAAUCUUGUACGACUAUUGGGAUAUUGUAUUGAAGGAGUUCACAGGAUGCUUGUUUAUGAGUAUGUGAACAACGGAAACUUGGAACAAUGGCUGCAUGGAGCUAUGCGUGAAUGUGGUGUCCUCACUUGGGAGGCCCGCAUGAAGGUUAUCCUCGGAACUGCAAUGGCGCUUGCGUAUUUGCACGAAGCAAUAGAACCCAAGGUUGUUCACCGGGACAUCAAGUCGAGCAACAUUUUGAUGGAUGAUGAAUUCAAUGCCAAGGUGUCUGACUUUGGAUUGGCUAAGCUGUUGGGAUCAGGAGAAAGUCACAUUACGACCCGAGUGAUGGGAACAUUUGGAUAUGUGGCUCCAGAGUAUGCCAACACAGGAAUGUUGAAUGAGAAGAGCGACGUUUACAGCUUCGGUGUCCUCUUGCUUGAAGCCAUCACUGGAAGGGACCCGGUGGACUAUGGUCGACCCGCUAAUGAGGUAAAUCUCGUCGAGUGGCUGAAGGUGAUGGUAGGAACCAGGAGAGCAGAAGAAGUUGUGGACCCGGCCCUUGAAGUUAAACCAGCAACACGUGCUUUGAAGCGUGCCCUGUUGGUUGCACUCAGAUGUGUUGAUCCUGAAGGAGAUAAGAGACCAAAAAUGACUCAGGUUGUGCGAAUGCUCGAAGCCGACGAGUAUCCAUUUCGCGAGGAUCGAAGAAACAGAAAGAGCCGCACAGCCAGCAUGGAUAUUGAGUUGACAAAAGAAGUUCCUGGCUCAGCUGAUGUGGAGAGCUCAGCUGAUGUGGAGAGCCAAGCUAAUCUGGAGAGCCAUAAGCUCGAGAUAACGCAGGCGUAGAGCUGACAAUAUGGAUUCCUAAUUGCUUAUUGACCCGGUUAGAUGAAAAGCCUUCCGACACAUCGAUACAUAGAGAUUGGAAAACUCUUCUUUGCAAGCCUCGAGCUCCUCCUAUCCGCAAUGGUGGAGGAUGGUUCAUUCUGUUGAUAAAGCUGAGAUGUCUACUUUGGUUUUGUCGCUACUUCCUUCGACACGGUUAUGGAAUGAUUGAAAUAUUUGCGUCUGACUCCCCCGAGAGAGAGCGAGAGAAAGGGAUUGUACAGAUGGCGACCGUAGUAGUGCCUUUUUGUCGAAAUUGUUCUUUCUGGUUUUCGGAUCACAGAUGGUUUUCUUGGGCACUGGUGUAACAUCCAAGUCCGCUCAUUGGCAAGGUAGCAAAAAUACGUGCGUGUUUCCUCUUCCACUUU